CAGUAUCUGCGAGGGAUCGCAAGGAGAGCCGUUCUUUCCGGCCACAGUGCUGCAGACGAGUGACACCUCGAAAUUUACUCCACCGUCGCUUACAGCUAUGGAGCAAAUAAGUAGUUGACAUUUACUUUACCUUCCCUUUUUUUAACUUUCUUCGCUUCGAUCUCCGUCCUCAUCACCCGGACAUCCCCAAGAUCGAUAUAUUUUCGGCUUUCAAGUGUUCUGUUCACUUCUAAUCCAUCACUCGGUGAAAUCGAUACCAUCAGAAUGAAGUACAUCGUUGGGAUUGGCGGCGUAACAAACGGUGGGAAAACGACCCUCACCAACAGGUUGAUUAAAAGCUUGCCGAACUGCUGCGUGGUGCACCAGGAUGACUUCUUUAAGCCCCAAGAUCAAAUUGGAGUUGGUGAAGAUGGAUUUAAGCAGUAUGAUGUCAUCUCUGCAUUGGAUAUGGAGGCAAUGGUGGCCACCAUUCGCCAAUGGGUCGAAAAUCCAGUGAAGUUUGAACGCUCGCAUGGGGUGAACAACACAUCUAAUGCUGAAACUCUACCGGGAUCUCAUGGUGAAGAUGAAAGUGUCCAUAUUCUUAUUGUGGAGGGGUUUCUGCUUUACACCUACAGACCUCUGAUCGAAGUUUUCAACCAGCGUUUUUUUCUUUCCAUUCCAUACGAAGAAUGUAAAAAGAGGAGAAGUUCAAGAAAUUAUUUGGUGCCUGAUCCACCGGGUCUGUUUGAUGGCCAUGUUUGGCCCAUGUAUGUGAAACAUAAAAGAAUUAUGGAGGAUAAUUGUGUUGAUGUGGUUCAGCUAGACGGAACUCUAAGAAAGGAUGAACUGUACAGCUUUGUCUUUGAGCAGAUACAAAACCAAAUUCAGCUCUUGAGGGAGGAGAAUUUGCUGAAGAAUCUGGAGCUUUUGUAGCCACCAGCAAACACCUUAUUUGUAUGACUCCUGCUUCAACCUGGCAGCUUGUGUUGUAUUUAUAUUUAAAAAGAAAAGGCAGUCAGCUGCUCACUAAUAUGUACAUUUUAUUUAUCAAACAGCCAUUUAUGCUGGCUUUUGGUUUUGUACUCCUGAGUAUUUAAUGCUAAAGCAAAUUGCUCUGUCAAAGCCGUUUCAUCAGGCAUGUUAUCUUAUACAGUCUCUUGACUUUUUAGAAGUCUAGAUUUGGCUGGAAUGCAACAUCAAUAAAAAAUAUCUUUCCAUAAA